CUCUCCCUCUAUUAUCGCUCCCUCCCUCUCACACACACACACAGGCCAUAUGACUGAGUCAAGCUCAGUUUUUAGUUUGUAGCCGUGUUGAGAUAAGGCUUUCUGGGAAACAUAGCCUGUUGAACAGCAUUCCAGUUAGAAAUAACCAUGUCGGCUCAGCAGCUGGGACUUUCUGAAACGCUCUAAAACACUUGGAUAUAGAAAGUCAUCCUUCUAAGUUGUAGAUGUCCCUGAAGGCCAUGUCUGCGCCGCGCUCGUCUGUGUUUACAUUUGAGUCUACAGUUCAUUCCUCCCAUGUGCUGGGCCGCCUUGACGAGCAGCGUCGCCGGGACACGCUGUGUGAUGUUACCGUGGUGGUGGAAGGUCAGAGUUUCAGAGCGCACCGCUCAGUGCUCGCUUCCUGUAGCGAGUACUUCACACACAGGAUCUCGCCGCUCACACAGCAAGGAGCGGUCAUCAGUCUGCCACAGGAGGUGUCAGUCGCUGGCUUUGAACCCUUGCUGAAGUUUGCCUACACAUCCAAACUCCUCUUCGGGAAAGAUGACGUGUUAGAAGUACGAAACUCAGCCUCCAUUCUUGGUUUCAGGGACCUGGACGAGGCUUGCUUUGAGUUCCUCCUCCCUAAGUUCUCCUCUAGCACCCAGGGCUCUGCUCUUUUUCCAAGAAAGACCUGCUGUAAAAAGAAUUGCAAGAGGCAAUUAUCAGAAGACGACAGCGCCAUAUACUCUGACGAAGUUUUGUUGGAUGAGAAAGCUGUAAAACCAGUUGCUGAGUCACCAUUUCAGCAGGAAGAGGCUUUUCUGUUUAACAAAUCAGUCAACAGCCAAUUGGGAAGCCAGAGCAGCUCAGGCACUCUUACACCUGUAACUGAAGGGACAAAUUACAUCUUUCAACAAGGUCCAAAGUAUCGCAAGUUCCAGCUAGCCUGUGGGAAGGAAACUUGUUUCCCAGAGAAAAGUGUGAACAAUCCCCUCACAGUUAUCAGUAAUGACUGUGACCGCUCCUGUUCCCCAUGCUGCAGCAGUUUGAACAUUAAGAAUGAAAGUGAGGUCGAAAUCCCUGGAAAUUCAUCCUCAACUCUCGUCCGACAGAGCAGAGGCGAGGCUGAUGACUCAAGGAAAUUUGAAAUACACGACAGGACAACGGAGGCUGAUAUUAUUAAGGCAGAAACAGAUGAAACGCAGGAGAAGAGGAGGGAAAAUGAAGAAGAAAUGCAUAUGGAGGAAGGCGUCAGCUGUUCGGUCCUAUCCAGAGCCAACGCAGUCGCCUUGGGGCCAAGUGCAACGCCUUUUGAGGGGCCAUCAGGGUUAAUAAUGCACCAUUGCCCCUUGAAAACCCUCAGUGACUGCCCUGCCAUCACUGGGUCAGUAGGACACAAGAGGUUCGUCAUGGACAUUACAGAGGACGGGAAAACAAGGGACUCUGGUUUACAAGUAUCCAUUCAUCAUGAGGCAAAGGAAGAGAAAGAGGCAGAGCAGAGAAGGGUCAAUGAUGAGAUAGAAAGAAGGCAAACAGUUAGCAUGGAGAGAGCAGCCAUGUCUCUGAAUAAUGCCAGAGAAAGGAGCACCGUGGAGAGAGAGGUGGCUGAACACCUAGUUAAGUGUCAGGGGUCCGACGGGCAUUCAACCCAACCAAAUUUCCAGGACCGCCAUGCUGGGAGUUGUUACCAAACAGGGAGCAGACAGAGUGGACAUGGCGCUCCUUCAGAGUGGCCCCACGUCAACCUCAGCUUCACCACAAGCUGCCCCUUCAUCCAAGAUCUGGACCAGGGCAAAUGUUUGCGGAAGGGAGCGGAUCUGUCUGAGUGCGAGGGGGCUUCUCAGUCAGGAGUGUCGUCCUUUAACUCGGGGGAGGACGGAGACACCGAGACGGAAACAGAGGGAGACAGCGAGGCCUACACGAGAGAGAGGGCCAGACAGAUGCAGUUGCCCUUCUCUGUAGACUGGAUUGUGGAUCGAAGCAGAAAUGAAUUCCAACAACUCCUGAAGACGCAGGUGUUUACACGUGAACAGCUGGAGUUUGUGCACGAUAUGAGACGGCGCAGCAAGAACCGCCUCGCAGCCCAGCGUUGCCGUAAGAGGAAACUAGACUGCAUCUAUAACCUGCAGUGUGAAAUCAACAAGCUGAAGACGGAGAGGGAGAAACUGAUCACAGAGAGGAGCCAGCUGAGUCAGCUGAAGUUGAAAACGUGUCACAAUGUCACCGCUCUGUGCCAGAAGGUCUGCAACGAAGCCGACCUGCAGCCAGACCAGCUACAGGUGUUAGCCAAAUACACCUCCCCAGACUGCCCUCUGUCCUCUCUCAUUCCUCACAUAGACACGCUCCUUUCACAGCCCGAGCUGCAACACCGGCUGCAGGCGUCCCUCUCGGCCCCUUCUAUGAGCCCGCACCAGUACAGGGCUUCAGAGCAGGUUUUCUCUAGCUCCAGCAAGGAUGCAGUCACAGGUGACGGUCCACAUUAGCUGCAUAUCAAAGCAAAUCAAAAGUCAUGGGGUGGUAAAACGUGUGGCAAUCUUGUGAAACCAAAGAUUUCACAACACCUUGUAUGUAAGGACAUAGCAUGGACGGUGACUUGUGUACAGGCUGCAAUAUAAAGCAGACGAACACUUGUGAGCUCAUUAGUGUGAUAACUCCCCUCUGAUGACAAUGUCAUGAGAAGCACAAUUUUUACUUAACAUUUUUCAAUUCAAAAAUGAGACAGCGAUGCAUUCCAGGUGUCCAGAAUCCUUUAUUUGACUUUUCCAACCAUUAUAUUGUGUUUCAGACCUUUCUGUAGUGUAUGCCAAAAAUGAUUUUUACUGUUAGUUUUGUGGUAAAAAAAAAAAAAAUACCUUCUGUCAAAUUAAUGCUGCCAUAUUGAAUGUUUAAAAAAAAAACAAAGUUUAUUUUAA